CGGCCGCACUUCCGCCAUGGCGGCGGGGCGGGGCUGGGCUGGCAUGGCGGCGCCGGCGGCCCUGCGGUGGUCGUGGACGUUGGCGCUGGGCGGCCGGACGAGCCGGUGCUCCGCUUCACCGUGCCCCGGCCGAGCGCUGCCGAGGCCCCCGGCCGGCCCUGCCCGCCCAGCAGGCUCCCUGCUGCGCUGGGCGUCGUCCUUGUCCGAGCCGGGCCCGACGGAGAGCGGCCCCAGCGAAGGACAGAUCUUCCUCAGCGAGAGCUGCGUGAAGAGGCUGCUGGAGAUUGCAGAAGGAUCAGAGUUUCUCAGGCUGCAAGUUGAAGGAGGUGGCUGCUCUGGCUUCCAAUACAAGUUUUCCUUGGACACAGUUAUCAAUCCUGAUGACAGGGUGUUUGAACAAGGUGGUGCCCGUGUAGUUGUGGAUGUGGACAGCCUGGCCUUUGUGAAAGGAUCCAUGGUGGAUUUCAGCCAAGAGCUGAUCCGAAGUUCCUUCCAGGUGGUGAGCAACCCCCAGGCAGAGAAGGGUUGCUCAUGUGGGACUUCCUUCUCUGUCAAAUUCUGACUGGACUUACCAUGGAUAGACAAUGUUUGCAGAUACUUUUGGCAGUCUCCAGAGAGUUUAUGUUUGUUCUUUUCCGUGCUGCUCCCUCUUAUCUCCCUUAACCUGUGACACAGCUGUUACACAAUACUGCAGCUGUGUGUGUGUUUGCACUGAGCCUGUCUCCAAGACAUAUUGGCCUUCCCUUCAGAAACGAUGAAGUAACCAUGAGCAUGCACACAGGAGCAUCUUCAACGCCUUGUGAACCACUGGCCAGGUGGUGCUGACUGGCCUGCCCUGUCCUGAUUGUGGAACUACUUAACUGUCUCUGCAAGAGAAGGCUGUAUAUAUAUGUGUGUGUGUUUAUUGAAAGGUCUUACUAAAAAAAGUCUAUGAGA